AAAGAUGAGUUUCCACUGGCAUAUUCUGGUUGUUUCUCCUGUAUGUUUUAUUCCUGGAUGUCCGGGUUAAUGUACCAUAUAUGGAAGAAAGGAGUGGUAGUCCUAGAUGGGUUACAUCUCUCACCUAUUGAUGCUACUGAAUACAAUGAACUCAGGUUUGAAAGAUUAUGGAAUGAGGAAGUAAAAGAGAGAGGAAAAGAAGAGGCAUCAUUAUGGAGAGUUGUAUGGAGGGCUAUCAGAACUAGACUACUAAUUACCUUUUUAUUUAUUAUUAUUAUGGUGGCCUUUAGUUUAUUAACGCCGGCGCUAGUAAUCAGGAAUUUUUUAGACUACCUAACUGUAGGGGAUGUCAAGUUUUCUACUGGAUAUAUUUAUAUAGUUGGAUUAAUAUUGUUUGAAGCUGGUAGAUCAGUUAGUGGGGCAUUAACUUGGAUUAUAACUUACAUGUCAGGUAUUAGAGUGAGAAAUGGUUUCAUGGGUUUAUUGUUUAAAAAGAUUCUUCAUUUAAAAGGAUUAAAAGACAAAACAGUUGGAGAGCUAGUCAAUAUAGUGGGUAAUGAUGGACAGAGAGUAUAUGAAGCCAAUGCUGUUGGUCCAUUCAUCCUGGUGGCACCAAUAACACUAAUAGCAGGCAGCAUUUAUGGUGUUUUUCUACUGGGACCGUGGGCGUUAAUAGGUUGUGUUAUUUUCUUUGCAUUCUACCCUAUCACUGGUCUCAUAUCAAGAUUAACCACCUAUUUUAGAAGGAAAGGAAUUGUUAUUACUGAUAAACGGGUUCGAAUGAUGAGUGAGUUAUUGACAUAUGUUAAGUUAAUUAAAAUGUAUGCUUGGGAGAAACCCUUCGCUAACAGAAUUGCAGAAAUUCGUUCUGAUGAGAGAGAUAUUUUAGAGAAAAGUGCCUAUGUACAGGGUAUUAGUACAGGCUUAGCCUAUUUAGUACCUAUGUUUGCGUCUGUGGUAACGUUUGUAACUAUGGUGGCUUCUGAUGUAGAUUUAACUGUAACUGAGGCCUUCACCUAUAUUAGUUUAUUGAAUUCUAUGAGGUUUUCACUGGGUGUUAUGCCAUAUUCUGUUAAAUCAUUAUCAGAACUAGCAGUAUCUUUAAAACGAUUUAAGAGUCUGUUAAUAAUGGAGGAUAUGGAAGAGUUGAAAUGGGAAGUAACUCACGAAGAUUCAGCUGUAGAAUUCCACAAUGCUAACUUAGCCUGGCCUAAAGUUCAAGAUGAAACUGCUGCUCUCUUACAAGAGUAUGGAAAACAUGUAAUUUAUGUUACAAUCUUUAUUAUUUUAGCAAUGGAAGAUAAUGGUAGUUGUAUUAAGAUUAACUUCGCAGAUGAGGAAAGUUCGGAAGUUCAAGGGUUAACUUCAUCUAAUCCUGAAAAAGAUACAGUAACUUUAAAAGACAUAUCAUAUACCUUAAAAAAGGGUAAAAUGGUUGGUAUUUGUGGUAGUGUUGGUUGUGGUAAAUCAUCUUUUAUAUCAGCUAUUCUUAACAGGGUAAGUUGUGGUAAAUCAUCUUUUAUAUCAGCUAUUCUUAACAGGGUAAAUUUUGAUACUUUUAUAUUGGGAGAUUUAACUGAGGUGAGUUGGCACAAAAACCAAAAACUGACUAACAGACACAAUAGUUCUGUUGGUACCAAUUCAGUAAAUUCAAUCCUUAAAGUGAUUAUAAGUGAUUUUAAACUUAUCGGAGAGCGUGGAAUGAAUCUAAGUGGUGGACAGAAACAAAGACUGAGUUUAGCCAGGGCAGUGUACAGUGAUAAUGAUAUAGUUUUAUUAGAUGACCCUCUAUCAGCAGUAGAUAUCCAUGUCGGGCAGCAUAUCUUUACCAAGUGUAUUAAAACAUUACUAAGUAAUAAAACUGUAGUCUUUGUCACCCAUCAGUUACAGUAUUUACCAGAUUGUGAUGAAGUGAUAUAUUUACGAGAUGGUAUGAUAGCAGAACAGGGGACUCACUCUCAACUCAUGCUGGAUAUGAAUGAAUAUUACAGCCUAGUGAAUCUUUUCAACACUGAACAGACAGAGGAGCCGGACUUGGAAAAUAUAGAUCUGGAUUUAGACUUUGAAUCCAAUGGUGAUGCUGUACGACGUAAAAAAUCUUGUAGCAUCCAAAGAAGUGAAUCUUGCAAUUCCAUUGAUGGUAAGCUGGUGAUGACAGAGGAAGCUGAUGUGGGUACAGUCAAUCCGAGGGUCUAUCAUCAAUAUUUUAAAGCUAUUGGUGGAUAUUGUUUGUGUUUGUUUGUGUUUGUAACGUUUUUUAGCUCUGUUUUAGCUCAAACUUUAACUAAUUGGUACUUAUCUUAUUGGUUAAACCAAGGCUCGGGGAAUGUGAGUAUAGUGGUUGAUAAUCAAACAGUAAUCAGUGAAAGUAUAGCAGACAAUCCUAACAAAGAUAUUUAUAUGAGUGUAUAUAGCAGUUUUAUAGUUAUAAUGGCAUUAUUACUUAUAUUCAGAACAUUUCUCUUUAUGAAGGUAACCUUAAAAGCCUCAAGUCAACUUCAUGAUGAAGUGUUUUUAAAGAUCUUAUCUUGCCCAAUAUCAUUUUUUGAUACAACUCCUGUUGGUCGAAUAGUCAACAGAUUCUCUGCAGAUAUGGAUGAAAUUGAUAUUCGUCUACCUAUGAGUGCGGAAGUUUUUAUGAACAAUGUACUCACCAUUUUAUUUUCAUUAGGCAUGAUAGCCUACGUGACUCCAUGGUUUUUAAUCGCUCUUAUCCCAUUGUGCGUGUUUUUUGUGUUUUUGUAUUUAUUGUUUGUGAAAUGUGUUCGCGAGUUGAAAAGAGAAGACUCCAUAUCACGGUCGCCAUUGUUAAGCCAUCUCACAGCUGCCAUUCAAGGUAUUACUACCAUCAAGGCCUACAACAAAAGUAACGAAUUUAAAGAAAAAUUUCGGAUGUUGUUAGAUAAAAACAGUGUACCCUAUUUAAUAUUUUAUUUAUCCAAUCGCUGGUUAGCUUUACGCUUAGAUCUUAUAACAUUGUCCAUCAAUGCCUUAACUGGUUUCCUCAUUAUAUUAACCUUUGACCAGAUGACUCCUGCUUUAGCUGGUCUUGCUUUGUCUUUUGCCGUCCAGAUGACAGGAUUGUUUCAGUUUACUAUAAGAUUAGCUGUAGAUACAGAAUCUCGAUUCACUUCUGUUCAGCGAGUUCUAGAUUAUUCUCAGAACCAACCCCAAGAAAUAACUACAGUUCUAGCAGAUAAACAGCCCUCUAGUGAUUGGCCAAGACUGGGAGAAAUCUCCUUUAAACGCUUACGGAUGAGAUACAGACCUGGUCUACCUCUAGCUCUGAAGGGAAUCACUUUCGAUGUCCAUUGUAAAGAAAAAAUAGGCAUAGUAGGAAGGAGUGGUUCAGGAAAGUCGUCUUUAGGCGUGGCAUUAUUCCGUCUGGUCGAUGCAGCAUCAGGGUCUAUCUUUAUUGAUAAUUAUGAUAUUAGUAAAGUCAAUUUAGAGACUUUACGAUCAAGACUAUCUAUCAUUCCACAAGAUCCAGUUUUAUUUGUGGGGACUAUUAGAUACAACUUGGAUCCUUUUGGUAACCAUAGCGACCAAGAAUUAUGGGAAGUUUUAGAAAAAUGUCAUGUAAAAGAAUCUAUUAUGAACUUAGAUUCACAACUAGAUGCUAUGGUGGUUGAAAAUGGUGAAAAUUUUUCCGUUGGUGAAAGACAACUAAUGUGUAUGGCCAGAGCAUUACUUAGACACAGUAAAAUCUUGAUACUAGAUGAAGCCACUGCCGCAAUAGAUACAGAGAAAGAUGCCUUAAUUCAAUCAACUAUCAAAGAUGCCUUCGCUGAUUGCACAAUGCUAACUAUAGCCCAUAGAUUAAACACAGUGUUAUCAUGUGAUAGAAUUUUAGUUAUAGAAGAUGGAAAGGUUGUGGAAUAUGAUAAACCUUCCGUAUUGAUGGCAGACCCCAAAUCAAAAUUCAAAAAAAUGUUAGAGGCUACAGAAAAACAAUCAGAGGCCACAGAAAAACAGCCAGCUACAGAAACGUGA